CCCGCCCUCGGCAGCGCCAGGGGGAACGGCGCGCGGAGAGCCAUCUCUGCCACCGCUGUUCGGGACCGGCCGCCCCUUGCUCUUCCUUCUGGAAGAGGCAGACAUGCUGCUCCGCCGGCUACCACAGAGCGCUUCCGGGAGCAGAGGCCGGCACCGCCCAUGGGGUGGCCUCGUCUCGUCCGGCUCAGCCCCACGCAGCGCCAUGGUUCGGUGGCCCAGUGGCGGAAGGAAGGCUGCAUUGCCGUUUGGCUGCAUGUCCCCAUUUUCCAGAGUGGAUUUGCAGCAGCAGCCGCUUCACAAGGCUUUACUUUCCACCACGCUGAGCAGGGCUCAUCCACCUUGACGCUAUGGCUGGGAGAAGGGCCCAGCAGGCUGCCGGUGUACGCCACCCACCAGCUGGGAGUUGCAGGUGCUGUCCUACAUGAAAGCACUGGAAAGGUGUUGGUUGUACAAGACAGAAAUAAGACUACAAAUGCAUGGAAAUUUCCAGGAGGUCUGUCUAAUCCAGGCGAAGACAUUGGAGACACAGCAGUUCGAGAGGUGUUUGAGGAGACUGGCAUCAAGUCAGAGUUCAAGUCCAUCCUAAGCAUACGGCAGCAACAUGAACACCCUGGGGCCUUCGGGAAGUCGGAUAUGUACAUCAUCUGUCGCCUGGAACCCUCCUCCUUCAACAUCAGCUUCUGCCAGCAGGAGUGCCUGCGGUGUGAGUGGAUGGACCUUGGUGAGCUUGCUCAGACAAAACUCGCUACUCCCAUCACCAGCAAUAUAGCUAAACUCUUACUCUACGGAUACCAGGAGGGGUUUGACAAGAUUGAUAUCACCAUGAGAGAGUUCCCUGCUGUCUCUACAGGCCUCUUCUACAAACUGUACCACAGGGAGCUGCCUGAGUCCUAUAGAAGCAUAAUGUGAUACCAAUACAUUUCACAUUUCAUUACAGUAAUAAUUUAGGAGUACUAUUAUUAUUGUAGUGUUACAGAGAUCAUAUUAAAAUUAUCCAUGGAUUUCUUUUCAGGUAAUUAUUUGAAAGUAAUUGUUUACUCUCUAUCAAGUUAUAGAAAUAUAAAUUAUUUUUAAAGGUGAGUGUUGCUGUAAGUGUGCACCAGAUUUGUUUUCCUUUACUCUGUAAAGUAAGCAUAAGGCAAAUAAAACAGCCCUACAUAGAUAAUCUA